CUGGAGCUGUGGCAAUGGCAGUUUGUGGCAAGUAUCGGAAGGAACGUACGCACAACACUGGUGCUUCAAACCGAGCAGCUUCGUGGGCCCCGCAUGAAGGGCCCAUUGACUUCGAUGCUAACAUGCGCUCGACCAUGCCAAUCAAGAUGCGCUUCAAAAUUGACACUCAGGUGCCAUCGCUUCCUACGGGAACUGGAAAUCAGGACUUCUCCCCGAAGUUGCCAGGGCACGACUACCGGCAGCCGAGGUCUGACCCGCGUGAAACUGCUCGGAUUCGCAAAGAGACAAGAGCCCGAGAGGCGGCAGAUGCCCAGGCAACUCUAGAUUCAACCAUUCCCACGCUGACUAGAAAGGGACUCUCGCAGGACCUCACCAUGUCCCCCACUAGAUCAGAGAAGAAGAAGGCCCCAAAGCCUGCACCGCGAUGGAAGGCAAAAUCCUGGUAUGAAGCUCCGCACUACGUGCAAGCUCCAUUGCAGCGAGAUGAAGGUGAGACUUGGAACUCGAUGGAGUCCCACAAGAUCCAAGGUGAGAUCAAAGGCAAAGACCGCCUCAUGAGGACUGUGAGGCGGCCAGAGGAUGUUGGCACCCCAGACAGCGAGGCUAAGGGCAGAAAUCAUCCUCUGUACUUCGACAAAGAGGAAUACUACCCGGGCCGGAGCUUGAUCGAUGCUGUGAGCGAGGAGCCUGACAACGACUUUCCCGUGCGACCAGCACAUUUGCCAGACUUUUACAACCCUCCUCCCUUGGAUGCAGAUUCCGUCUCGCGUGUGCACCGCAUUCGAGAAGUUGUGCGGCAGCGCUAUGCUGGCAGGCCACGAUUGAUGAACGUCUUCCGUGCUUGCUCUAUGCAAAAGCCUGGCUAUGUGUUCCCACGGGAUCUCAAACGAGUAUUCGAUCAGAUGGGGAUCAAGGUCAAUGAUUCCGAGUGUGACAUUCUUGUCAAGGCGGUGGACAGAGAUCGCAAAGGUGCCAUCACCUACGAGGAGUUUGCAGACCUCAUCUAUGGACCGCGGCUUGCAGUGGGAGAUUCACCACAGGAGGCUCAGGAGCGACAUGUGCGUUUCAUCACCAAGAAGCUGGUGGACAACCUGUUGUCAAAUGGGCAAGCCUUGGGCAAGGCCUUCUGUGAAAUCGACCCGGAGCGACACUAUGCGGUGAGCAAAGAUCAGUUUGCCAACGCAAUCGCCACGGCUUGCAAUCACAUCUCCCACCAGGCGGUAGAGUUCCUUUGGGCUUCGCAAUUCCCGGGUCAGGAGAACGAGAGUUUGGAUAAGAAGGUCAUUGAUUGGCGGGACUUCAUGGGCCAGCUAGCUCAUUUUGCUCACAACAACCGUGCGCCAACGCCCUGCACAGUUCAAGGCCGCAAACGACAGUACGACCUCUUGCAACGAACUGCCCCUUUAACUGGGGGUCGUUUGGAGGACUUGGAGCUCAACCGGCCCGACCAGAAUGCAGAUGAUGAGGUGCAGAUUGUGGGUGGCAACUUGUGCCACAGAGCGACCGAUCUUCCCCAUCGGCCACGUGAUGCUGCGAUGCUCACAGAGCAUUAUGUGGAGGUGCUCCGUGCCAAGGCGCAGCGCACGGAGCGUGCUCUGCCUGAGCUGAUCCGCAAGUCGCGAUUGCAAGAGCUCUUGAAAGACAGAGAUACCGUACACCAGGAUGAUCUCAUCGAUAUGCUGGUCAACGAGCUUGAAGAACCCAACACACAGGCGUCUCUCCAACGGAAGGAACCGAUCUAUGCUCACAGCGCCAAAGGUGCUGAUGUCAUGACGUUGGACCAACCCAUCGAAGGUGCUGCAGAAGCUGAAGUUGAUGCAGCACCAGCUCCACCAGCUGCACCGUCUGCAGUGGCACAGGGCUUGGCAGGGCCACCUGCCUCCCUGAAGCUGUUGAGGGGCGACAUUGAGGCCUUUGUGGUCACUCAGAGGCACAACAGAGAUCACGAAGUCGAUGUCCAGCAGUUCAUCGAGAACGUCUACAAGCCUCCGGAUGAGAAGAAGGUCAUCCACUACGUAAAUGAUGGAUUGAACCGAGUCCUCCGCGGAAACCCACCGCCACGGGAACGACCACCUGAUUCUGAGAAACCUCGCUAUGAGAACUACUGGCAAGCGAGGUAUGUCAUGGAAGCACUGGCUGAUGCCAUUGCGCUGGUGGAGAACUCGAAUGGCGAGAAGUUAAAACCAUCAAAGAUGUUCAAGCGAUUGGACUUUGACAAUGAUGGCUAUUUGAGUCUUUCUGACCUACGAAGUGCAUGUGAGAAGUUCAAAAUUCCAAACAGCAGUGCAGAUCUUCAUGCCCUGUUUAGUCUGUUGGAUAAAGAUGACCGUGGAGCAGUGGACAUUGGUGAGUUCACCCGGAACUACCAGGUUCACCAGGGCUCCCUGCUGGAUUCCAUGAUGCGCCCAAUCAAGUCCGUGAAGCAUGAAGGUGGCGUAGAAUUUGGAGGUCCAAUACAGGAGAAAAUGGAUGCGCAGAUGCGUGAGCUAGAGGAGCGACAUCAGAGCCAGGCCUUGCGGUCCAGCUCUGCGCCUCCGAACAGCGGAGAUGAUGGCGCUUCUGAACAUGGCUCCAGGCAAAAUCCCAUUACCCGUGCUGGUAGUGAUGUUGGGAGCAAUCGUUCUCAGAUUAGUCGUACAGGUGCCUCCAUUGCCGGUUCAGCCCCCAUCUAUGACAUUCAGGUGAAUCAGCUCACAGGCAAGGCUCGGAUCAGUGAUGUGAUCCGAUCACGCUUCAAUGCAUGGAAGCCUGACAAGUCUGAACUCUACACGUCUUUACCAAAGACCCGGUUUGGCAUGACUAUCUUCCCAGACACAAGACAUGUGGCUGAGCCUAGUGUGCCGCUGUGCAGUCACAGCAUGGGAGAUGCCGAGCGCUUCAAGACGACCAACAACAUGCACUCGAUAUUUUCUGUGCCAGACCACCAGUGCCCUCAGGUUGCGGAUACAAUGCAAAAGCACGCCACGCGUGAGUACAAGGUGGAGCGUAUCCGAGCUCGGCAGCGUGACUUCUGGGAGCGUAGUUGGGCUGCAAACGAAGCUGCACAGCAAUACGAUGAGAUGAAGGUGGCACGAAAGGCCAUGAACCUCUUGAACUACGAACGGCGGUGCCACAUGGCAUGUGCAUGAGAGCUACAGCAGCUACGGCCACAAAAAAUACGUUGGGUUUCCUUCUGGUCCUAAGCACAUUAAUAGUUGAUAACAG